AUGGGCGCGGCGCGCCAUGCGUCCGCGUUCGCGCCCGCUGCGCUUGCUUCUGGCGGCGCUGGCGUUAGCUUCGUGCGCGGCGGCUCCGGCGCCCGAGCCGCGCGCGCAACGCUCGGCGAACCUAAGCCAUAUUACGGGCACCUCGCGUACAAUACAGAUGUUCCUCAAGAAUCGCUAUCUUCAGCUUCUGCCGGAUGGCACCGUCAACGGCACCACAGACGGCAACAGCGUUUACAGUAA